AGAGGGCCCACCAAGAACCAGCAGACCUCAUCAAAGGUUCCAUCGACAAGCAACGAUCAAAAUGAAUUAUUUCUGCUGUGGUCUGUUGCUGGGCCUGUUUGUGGCUGGAAGUCUAGCAGCUCCCCAUGGAGGACACGCGACCAGCUACAGUGUGCUAACCAAGCACGAGGGGCCGGUGCACAAGGGUUCUGGAUACGGCUACGGCUAUGGCUACGAUCACGACCUGACCAGUGCGUAUGGAGGUGUCUACGGGCAUGGAUAUCCCAGCCAUGCGUAUUCCGGAUACGAAAAACACGAGCCGCAUCACUAUCCGAAAUAUCAGUUCGACUAUGGGGUCAAGGAUGCCCACACCGGCGACCAGAAGAGCCAGUGGGAGACGCGCGAUGGCGACAAGGUCAAGGGCAGCUACUCCUUGAAGGAGGCUGAUGGCACCACCCGCGUGGUGGAGUACACAGCCGACGAUCACAAUGGCUUCAACGCAGUUGUCAAGAAGCUGGGCCACGCACAUCAUCCUCAGGUGUACCAGAAGGGCUACGGACACGGCGACAUCUAUGGAGCGGACUACGGCUACGGCCAUGAUGUGGCGCAUUACGGCGGCUAUGGACACGGCGGACACGGCCAUGCCAGCAGCUAUGUGAGCGUGAAGCAACUGCACUGAUUGCCGUCCCUAUACGAGAACGAGAUACGAAACAUAUUUAUCUGACCAAGAACAAGU